UUUAUUUCAGCUCUUCAUCAAUAAUCACUUUAAUUUUGAUUGUCUAGAGCUUCUUUUUUAAGUUAGUUGGUUAUAUAUCAAUGAGUGAUUGCAAUCAAUCAGUUCCAAAGUUAAGCAUUGCCAUUCUUGUAGUCGGGACGAGAGGCGAUGUUCAACCUUUUCUCGCAGUGGCAAGGAAACUUCAGGAAUACGGUCAUUGUGUGAGAUUGGCAACUCACUCUGAGUUUAGUGGAUUGGUGAAGUCGGCUGGAGUAGACUUUUACCCACUUGGUGGCGAUCCUCGCGUUAUAGUUGAAGGUUUCACCUACGUUUUUAUGUCCAUAGCCAUUUCCUAUCUUUUCCAUACUUGUUACGAAUUAAAUUUAACUAUAGGUUUCAUCAAGACGCAAAACAUACUACUAACUAGUUGGCAAGAUAUAGCCACACAGUUGAAACAACUAAUGGCUGUUAUGGAAUCUCUUCUUGAAGCCUGCACUCACCCCGACCCGAUAACCGGUGACUCAUUUAGGGCCCAGGCAAUUAUUGCUAAUCCUCCUGCUUACGCAGGACGUGUAGAUGUGGCUGAAGCCCUUGGUGUUCCCCUUCACAUCUUCUUCACAGUUCCAUGGACGCCUACAUGUGCAUUUCCUCACCCUUUCAUACCCCACAUAUCUCAUAGAGCUGGAUAUUGGCUAUCGUAUGUUAUUGUUGAUAUACUGAUAUGGUGGGGACUAAGAGGUCACCUUAACAAGUUAAGGAAAAACAAGCUGAACCUUAGCCCUAUUAAUGGACUCUUGGACACAAACCAAGUCUCAAUUUCUCAUCUCCCAACAACUUACAUGUGGAGUCCACGUGUGCUGCCCAAGCCUAAUGACUGGGGUCCUCUAGUUGAUAUUGUGGGUUACUGCUUUGUGGAUCUUGGAAUUAAAUAUGAGCCUCCUCAAGAAUUAGUAGAGUGGAUGCAAAAGGGAGUUGCACCGAUUUAUAUCGGGUUUGGGAGCAUGCCUCUUAAAAAUCCAGAAAAUACUACGAAUAUCGUUUUGGAGGCAUUGAAGAACACUGGACAAAGAGGGAUUGUUGAUCGAGGGUGGGGAGGUCUUGCCACUCAUGCACAAGAUGUAGCAGAAAAUAUUUUUUUGCUUUCUACUGAUUGCCCCCACGACUGGUUGUUUCCUCAGUGUUGUGCUGUGGUACAUCACGGGGGAGCUGGAACAACAGCAGCAGGACUGAAAGCAGGGUGUCCGACCACAAUCGUACCAUUUUGUGGUGAUCAAUCGUUGUGGGGUGCCAUAAUAUAUGAGAGAGGAGUGGGACCUGCUCCCAUUCCUAUAGCACACCUUAGUGUGGAAUCCCUAUCAAAGGCCAUGAGAUUCAUGCUCCAACCUGAGGUCAAGUCUCGAGCAGUGGAUGUAGCUAUCAGUGUUAGAGAUGACGAUGGUGCAGCUGCUGCACUUGACUCGUUUCAUCGCCAUCUUCCGUUGCCAAAUCUGGAACAAGGCGAUCAAGUGCAAACCAUUUUUGGUUAUCUUGCUAGAUUUUGCUGCCUAUUUUGUGCCUCAUAGCUUAGAUGUUUUCAUUCUUCCUAGUACAUAUGCAUCUGUUUUUAUUUUUUGUUCUUACAUGACCAAUAUUUAGUAAUUUAAGGUUCAAUGUAGGGUUUCCUGGUUA